AUGGUUAGCAAGAAUCAGUUUAAAGGCAGCAGCUCUACACUAGCGCAGUUGAUCCAAGAGGUCGGACAGAGCGGGAUAAAAAAGCCUUUGUUUCGGUACCAGGUACCACGUUCGGUACGAUGGGCUUCCACCGCUCUAAGUGUAGUGUUCCUCACGUAUGGUGCUGCAUACACUGAUAUGUCGUGGAGAACUGCUCGAGAGGUGUACGGAAAUGCUACCGAGGAGAAACAACGCAGUCUGUGGUUCAAGUGCAAGACAUUUGGACCUGUGGCUUUAGGGGUCUUACCAGUGAUUUUAGCUGCCGGUACGAAGCACGUAACUUCAAGGCUAGUUACAGAAAUGACAUAUCUGCCACCAAUUAAGAACAGUACGGUACCGCGUUGCCAAUUGACUCGCUGCACCCCCUUUUUAGGAAGACCUGUAACCAUUACUAGGGAGGUUCAUGAACUAUCCAAGAACAAGGCCACUAAGAUCUUCACUGGAGUAGGUUCACAAGGUAUGGAGGACAAGGCCACUUUUGUGUUCUUUAUACAAGAUAAAAAGGCUACUUCAUUCUUCAACAAAUUUUACAUUUUCUCAAGGUCUGGUAGCGUUGUUAGGAGUGACGCCAGGAUCUUAGAUUGCUUCUUCAACGAGGUGGCAGACAAUAAGUUGUUAAACAAGUCGAUAUUGACACAGAUUCUUUCACGUACCUCUGCCAAGAGUCAAUUUCACUCGAGCAAUUCCAGGUCAUCUAUAAGAAAUAUUGUAAAGCCCAAGUAG